CAAGCUGUUUCUGGGUGACUGCCCAUUCUUUACUUGUGAAGUCGCGCGUUAUAAUUUUAUUGCCGUUAUCUUAUGAGGUCUGUUCAUAUUCUGAGGCGUAGCUUGUAUUUAUUUUUUUCCUUGAAUGUGUUUUAGUGGUUCAUGUCGACAGAUCGCGUGCGUUAAUUAUUGCGUAAAAAGAGGGAAGUUGGGCGCAGAAAGUUUUGGUGACGGUCGAUAUGGCGAUGGUGGCGUGGAGAAACACUGAGGGCGUCGGGGACACUCAGGGGACCCUCUCCUCCCCGGUGUCCCAGGUUGCACCUCUGUCUCUGCCCGGGGAGCUGACGGGACACAUGAACCCGGCGUCUCUGGAAAUACCCCCGGCAGCAGCAGCACCCCAGGGCGCACCACCGCCCAAUCCGUCCAGCACCACCACCGCUACCACCACCACCAACAUUAACAACAACACCUCCUCUUCCUCCUCCUCCUCCUCGUCCAUGGACAAACAGCAGAGCCAACAGAUCGAGUGCAUCGUGUGCGGGGAUAAAUCCAGCGGGAAGCACUACGGACAGUUCACAUGUGAGGGAUGUAAAAGCUUCUUUAAACGCAGCGUCAGGAGGAACCUGACCUACACCUGCAGGGCCAACAGGAACUGUCCCGUAGACCAGCACCACCGCAACCAGUGCCAGUACUGUCGCCUCAAGAAAUGCCUCAAAGUCGGCAUGAGGAGGGAAGUGCUGUUGCUCGUUGCAGCUGUCCAAAGAGGCAGGAUUCCGACGCAGGCUUAUCACGGCCAGUUUGCUCUGACAAACGGAGACCCUCUACAGUGUCACUCCUAUCUAUCGGGAUACAUCUCUCUGCUGCUGCGGGCCGAGCCCUACCCGACCUCCAGGUUCGGCUCUCAGUGCCUGCAGAGCAACAACAUCAUGGGCAUAGAGAACAUCUGUGAGCUGGCGGCCCGGAUGCUCUUCAGCGCCGUGGAGUGGGCCCGCAACAUUCCUUUCUUCCCGGACCUGCAGGUACCGGACCAGGUGGCCCUGCUCCGCCUCACCUGGAGCGAACUGUUCGUGCUGAACGCCGCACAGUGCUCCAUGCCCGUCCACGUCGCUCCUCUGCUGGCCGCCGCCGGCCUCCACGCCUCCCCGAUGUCCGCGGACCGGGUAGUGGCCUUCAUGGACCACAUCCGGGUCUUCCAGGAGCAGGUGGAGAAGCUCAAGGUUCUGCACGUGGAUUCAGCAGAGUACAGCUGCAUCAAGGCCAUCGUGCUGUUCACCACAGAUGCUUGUGGUCUGUCGGAUGUGGCCCAUGUGGAUGGUCUGCAGGAGAAAUCCCAGUGUGCUUUAGAGGAGUAUGUGAGGAGCCAGUAUCCCAACCAGCCUAACAGGUUUGGGAAGCUGCUGCUCCGCUUGCCUUCUCUCCGCACCGUCUCUUCCUCUGUCAUAGAGCAGCUUUUCUUCGUCCGUCUGGUGGGGAAAACCCCCAUAGAAACUCUGAUAAGGGACAUGCUGCUGUCGGGCAGCAGCUUCAACUGGCCUUACAUGCCUAUUCAGUAGAGGAGGAAACUGCAGUGGUGCUGCUAAGGUCAGGAAAGGUCUCACACCUCAAACAAAGUCAUUUUAGCUACUGAGGCUUAAAAUCUGUGUCGCUUCGAACAAGGGAAAAAAACUUCCGGUGGAACGGGAUCAUUACUGAAAUUUUCCAAUUAAAAAUGUAUUGAGUUUUGCCAUUUUCUUGAAACCAGAGCAGUGAUCUGCCUUAUUCUGCAUUAAAUAAAUCAAUCGUUGUGAUGACAAGGAACAAUAUGACUCCACUGGCAGAUUUUUUUUACUUGUUCAAAGAGAACAAUAUUUCAUGAGAUGAAAUGACUGGUCAUGAUGGACAUUUUUACUGCGUGAUGACCACUCACAUUCUAUGGUUUUUGGGAUAACAAACAAUAUUUAUUGGACCCUGUGUGUAUAUUUAUCGUGCUUGUAAAUUAUGUUUUGGCUCCUUUUUUUUAAAAAAAAAAAUGUUUUAUGUAUUUUUGCCCCAGCCAGUGAGAAAACUGCAGGGAUCGUCUUGUGUUGAUCUGUUUUUUUUUUUUCCUUUUGUUUGUUUGUUUCAUACCUUCCAGACAUGGCACUUUGGACUAAAGGAACAUUUCAUAUAAAGAUUUCACACAAGUGUUUAAAACCCAGCAUUUCUGACUUCAACCUAUUUGCUCAGUGGUGUACAAACAGAAAGAAAGGUGAUACUAAAGCUCUGGUUUAGUUACUUUUGGUUCUUACUCCAUUUGCAAUGUCGACACUGAAAGGAUGCGAAGAAAAAGAGCAAAACAUACUUGUAAACUGCACUUCUCAUAGUCAGUGUAAGGUUACACAAAGUAAUUCAUUACUUGUUAAUCACUGAAUAGGUAGUAUCAUUACUUUAUU